AUGAUUCACGCAGCUGAUGGAGAACAAGGACGGCGGCAUAGAGAAGGCGAAGGAUUUGAUGCUGAGCAAGAGUUGCAUGAAGAAUUUCAUGAAGCAGAUUCCGCUGACGAUCAUGAACAUUCUGAAGGAGUUCUUUAUCCCGCGGACGAGGGCGAAUCAUUGGCUGACAUAGAUGAUGUGGCGGAUGAGGUUGAGGUAUGUAAUGAAUGUUGAUU